GUCGGGUUAAGAUCUCAAGCUCUCCGUGAGGGGUUAGAUGGGCCGCUGGAUCAGCAGCACUGGGAAACUUGGCCUGUCAAAGAGAUCCCCUCCCUCCUCCUCUGCACCCCUCCCGGGGGAUCGAGGGAUCCGUCCGUGAUCUGCUGUGGGGAGAGGAGGGGGGCACUUCCUGCUGGAUUGUCACCCUGUAUACCCGACUGGGUCUACCCAUAAGCGGCCUUGAACACCCGAUCCCGUAUGAUCUCGGAAGUGGAGCAGGGCUGGGCCUGGUCAAUACCGGGCUGGGUGACCGCCAGGGAACAGCAGGUGUGGUAGAACACUUGGAAAAGGCAAUGGUUAGAGUAGUCCUCACAUCAGGGAAGGUAGGAAGAAGAUUAAGGUUAUAUAACCAUGAUGAGCAAUACAGCUUAUUAACUGUAUUUAAAAAAAUGCCUGAGCCAUGGCUUGGCUCAUAACGUAACUAGUUGACUGGCUUAGUCUUUAAAUGAACCGCUGGGCGAAUUAUCUCAACACAUCAGUAUGACUGACCCAAUGAUGGAUUUUUUUGAUGAUGCACACCUUUUUGAUGAGACUCUGGGUCUUUCUGAUGAUGCAUUUGUACAGCAUGGAUCUGUAUCCCUUGUUGACGAGUUGAAUCUUGGGGCUGUAUUUGAACCUCUGCAUGUAGACUCUCUGAAUAAUGUGCAGGAUUCUCAAACGCAUCAAAAGAUCAAUGAGUUUGAAACACUGAAUCAAUUUGAUUCCAUUAAAUUGCACCAAGUAAGUCAGUCAUACAACAGUCCAGUGGAAAGUGUUUUGUCUCCACACUCGCAAUUCAGCUGCUCUCCAUUACAUCAACCAAGUCAAGGAAAUGGGAUGUUUCCAGAUGAUGGAAGCCCAAUGUGGGGGCAUCAGGCUGCCACAGAUAUACAAAGUCAAAAUGGCUCUCCAUUCCACCAGCAUGGACCCUCUCAGCCUAUGCAGCAAAGCAAGGGUUUUGUGGCACCCCAUGAAUAUACCUUAUUCCAGGCCAGUGAACAGCAGGGUAUGCACAUUCAGCCGCAACAAAACAGGAACAAUAUUAACACAAGUCAGGAAUCUAUGAACCAGCAAAAAAACUUUAUUAAUGUGUCUAUACCACACAGAACUAGUAUGGCCCAGGAACCUCAAAUGGACAAUACUACAGCUCCCCAACAGCCUCUGCCUGUUCAGCGUUACUCUGAGCCUGCUACAUCUGUACAAUUCAGUAGCAAUUCAGUCUCAGAACAAGAAGGCAAUUUUAAUAGUCGGUCACCAACAAUGACACCUUGUUCUGUAAAUGAUACACCUCCAUUUUCUACACACUAUUCUUUCUCUAAUAACCACCUAAACCAGACUACCCAUUCACUCUCCGAUUUUACUGGGAGUGCAGCAUUCUCAGAUAUUGGAAAUAAGCAGGAGCCUGUUCAGAAUGUUUUGAACUCUAACACCCAGUUGCAUUCAGACAAUUUCCAGAUGAUGCAUCAGUCACACCCUCAGGGUAAUUACAAUCGAAUUAAAAUGUCUCCAGUGUCAAUUAAUUUCCCCACUCCUGACGGUUCUUCUGCUCAAUUGAGCCACUUUAAUGACCACUUGGAAAGCAAUGGUUUUUCUCCUUUGGAAGAUAACCUAUUACAGCAGGUUGAUGCUCAAGCAGAGCCAUUUACAGGGCUCGAUCCAGAGGAGCUUCUUCAGGGAGACCUCCUGCCUCACUUCAGUGAAGCUGCUUAUAGCCAGGACUGCUCAAAUUCAAGCCAUACUGUGCUGGGACACCAUGACCUGGAAACUCAUCAGAGUCAGCAUCAAGUAAAACUUGCACAUGACCAACUCGAAGAUCAACAGUCAUCUGGUCUGCAACAUCCUCAUAAUCUUCCAUGGCAUUCCCCUGUGUCCAAUCAGCUUCGCCUCCAAGAAAAACCCUGUGUAACCUCCCAAGGGAAGCCUCCCUCCUCCAAACAGCUUGAUGGUUCCCGAAACUACCAAAAGUUGUCGAAUUCCAAGGUGAGGUCGGCAUCGGAGAAACGCCCCAAAAAGAAGGGUGACUCUGAAAGUAAGCAGGAAAAGGCCAAUCGCAUCAUUUCUGAAGCCAUCGCAAAAGCCAAGGAAAGGGGUGAAAGGAACAUUCCCCGGGUCAUGAGUCCUGAGAACUUUCCUAGUGUCUCCUCUUCUGAGGGCCGUGAAGAGAAGAGAGGACGGAAAGCCAAGUCCAAACCAAAGGCGAAAGAAAGCAAGAAAAACAAAUCAGGGCUGUGCACAAAGUUAAAGGAUAAAACUAAGAUUGGUAAACUCAUCAUAACCUUGGGCCGGAAGCAAAAGAGAAAAAUCGAGUCCUCGGACGAUGUGUCGGACGCAGAUAGAGCUCAGAAGCGAGUGAAAGGCGAGGAUUCUCAGAAGAGAAGAUCCAACCGGCAAAUAAAGAGAAAAAAGUAUGCUGAGGCGGAAAGAAAACGCUCUGAGGAGGAGCCUAAAGUUAGCAUUAAAACCAAGAAGACCUCCGCACCCCUGCCAGCUGAGCAACCAUUGCAGCUCUUUGUGGAGAACCCCAGUGACGAAGAUGCAGCUAUUGUUGACAAAAUUCUCUCCUCCAGAAUUGUAAAAAAGGAGACUCAAUCCGGGAUGCUAGUGGAAGUCGAAGAAUUUUAUGUCAAGUACAAAAAUUAUUCAUAUUUGCACUGUGAAUGGGCCACUGAACAACAGCUGCUAAAGGAUAAGAGAAUCCAACAGAAAAUAAAACGAUUCAAAAUCAAACAAGCACAGAGAGCCCACUUUUUUGCUGAUAUGGAGGAAGAGAUGUUUAAUCCCGAUUAUGUAGAAGUUGAUCGUGUGUUAGAAGUUUCCUUUUGUGAAGAUAAAGACACUGGUGAACCUGUUAUCUAUUACUUAGUAAAGUGGUGUUCAUUACCCUAUGAAGACAGUACAUGGGAACUGAAGGAGGAUGUAGACCAAACUAAAAUCGAGGAAUUUGAGCAGCUCCAAGCACUUAGACCCAAUACACGAAGGAUGGAACGGCCACCAUCUAACUCUUGGAAGAAGAUCAACCACUCAAGGGACUAUAAAACUGGCAAUCAGCUCAGAGAAUACCAGCUGGAAGGUCUCAACUGGCUGCUUUUCAACUGGUAUAACAGGCGGAACUGCAUUUUAGCAGAUGAGAUGGGCCUGGGAAAAACCAUUCAGAGCAUCACAUUCCUUCACGAGAUCUUCCUUACUGGGAUCCAGGGCCCGUUCCUAAUUAUUGCCCCCCUGUCCACCAUAACCAACUGGGAGAGAGAGUUCCGCACGUGGACAGACCUUAAUGUAGUAGUUUAUCAUGGCAGCAUGGUUAGUCGUCAGAUGAUCCAACAGUAUGAAAUGUAUUUUCGGGACUCCCAGGGCAGAGUUAUUCGUGGUGCCUACAAGUUCCAUUCCAUUAUUACCACUUUUGAGAUGAUCCUCGGAGGCUGCCCAGAGCUCAAUGCUAUUGAGUGGCGCUGUGUAAUCAUUGAUGAAGCACACAGAUUAAAGAACAAGAACUGCAAACUUCUAGAAGGGCUCAAACUCAUGAAUCUGGAGCACAAGGUGCUGCUAACAGGGACUCCACUGCAGAACACUGUUGAAGAACUCUUUAGUCUCCUUCAUUUCCUAGAGCCAUUGAGGUUCCCCUCAGAGUCUACGUUUAUGCAGGAGUUUGGAGAUCUUAAGACCGAAGAGCAGGUUCAAAAACUUCAGGCCAUCUUAAAACCAAUGAUGCUCAGGCGUCUGAAAGAAGAUGUGGAAAAGAAACUGGCUCCUAAAGAAGAGACUAUAAUUGAGGUGGAGCUGACCAACAUUCAGAAGAAGUAUUACAGAGCUAUCCUAGAAAAGAACUUUGCCUUUCUAUCCAAGGGUGCUGGGCAUGCCAAUGUGCCAAACCUAGUCAACACCAUGAUGGAGCUUAGGAAGUGCUGCAACCACCCAUAUCUCAUAAAAGGUGCUGAAGAAAAGAUCCUUGGGGAAUUCCGGGAAACACAUAAUCCUAUGGCUUUGGAUUUCUAUCUUCAAGCAAUGAUCCAAUCUGCCGGGAAACUGGUUCUCAUAGAUAAACUCUUACCAAAAAUGAAGGCAGGAGGCCACAAGGUGCUUAUCUUCUCUCAGAUGGUACGAUGUCUAGACAUCCUGGAGGAUUAUCUUAUGCAUAAAAGGUAUCUGUAUGAGCGGAUUGAUGGGAGGGUCAGAGGAAACCUGAGGCAAGCUGCUAUAGAUCGCUUCAGUAAACCAGACUCGGACCGUUUUGUUUUUUUGCUAUGCACAAGAGCAGGUGGCCUAGGAAUAAACUUGACAGCUGCAGACACCUGCAUUAUAUUUGAUUCAGACUGGAAUCCACAAAAUGAUCUUCAGGCACAAGCCCGGUGCCACAGAAUUGGCCAGAACAAAGCUGUGAAGGUUUAUCGAUUAAUAACAAGGAAUUCAUAUGAGCGAGAGAUGUUUGACCGAGCUAGUUUGAAAUUGGGGCUGGACAAAGCUGUUCUCCAGAGUAUGAGCGGGCGAGAAAACAGUGUUGGAGGACAGAUUCAGCAACUCUCAAAGAAGGAGAUAGAAGACCUAUUGAGGAGAGGCGCGUAUGGUGCCAUUAUGGAUGAAGAGGAUGAAGGAUCAAAGUUCUGUGAAGAAGAUAUUGACCAGAUUCUUCAGAGGAGAACAAAGACCAUUACAAUAGAGUCAGAAGGAAGAGGCUCAACAUUUGCUAAGGCCAGUUUUGUAGCAUCUGGAAACCGAACUGACAUUUCUUUAGAUGACCCCAACUUCUGGCAAAAAUGGGCUAAAAAGGCAGAAAUAGACAUUGAUUCAGCAAGUGUCAGAAAUAGUCUGGUGAUUGACACCCCAAGAAUCAGGAAACAGACUCGACCCUUCAGUGCCACCAAGGAUGAGCUGGCAGAGUUAUCGGAAGCAGAGAGUGAUGGAGAUGACAAGCCCAAGUUACGGAGACCAUAUGAUCGCUCCUGUAGCUAUGGCAGAACUGAGUGCUUUCGAGUGGAGAAGAACCUUUUGGUUUAUGGUUGGGCUAGGUGGAGAGAUAUUCUGUCUCACGGUCGUUUUAAGAGGCAGUUGAAUGAGCAGGACGUUGAGAUUAUUUGCCGCGCUCUUCUUGCAUAUUGCCUGGUGCACUAUAGGGGAGAUGAGAAGAUAAAGAGUUUCAUCUGGGAUCUCAUCACCCCAACAGAGGAUGGGCAGACACGGGAGCUACAGAACCAUAUGGGCCUGUCUGCACCUGUGCCUCGAGGCAGAAAAGGGAAAAAGGUGAAGACACAAGCCAGCACUUUUGAUAUCCACAAAGCUGAGUGGCUGCGAAAGAAUAACCCAGAGCAUCUUCUGCAGGAUGACGGGUACAAAAAGCAUCUAAAACAUCACUGCAACAAGGUGCUGCUCAGGGUCCGGAUGUUGUACUAUCUUAAACAGGAGGUGAUUGGCAGCCACUGCCAGAAAGUUAUUGAUAAUGUGGAUUGCAGUGAAAUUGAUAUGUGGGUUCCUGAGCCUGACCACUCAGAGUUGCCUGUAAGAUGGUGGGAUGCAGAGGCAGACAAAUCUCUUCUUAUAGGAGUAUUUAAGCAUGGGUAUGAGAAAUACAACACUAUUCGAGCUGACCCAACUUUGUGUUUCCUGGAACGAGCUGGAAAGCCAGAUGAAAAGGCUGUAGCAGCAGAGCAAAGAGCGAAUGACUACAUGGACGGUGAUGUUGAAGAUCCUGAAUACAAGCCAGCACCUGCAUUAUUUAAAGAUGAUAUGGAGGAUGAUGCUUCCUCUCCUGGUGAUCUUGUUAUAGCAGAUGGAGAUGGACAGGUCACAGAUGGAGAUAAGGGCUGCUGGCCCACUCAGUCUGCACUGACCACACGUCUUCGUCGCCUUAUAACUGCCUUCCAGCGCACUUCCAAGUUCAGACAGGUUCAGCAAAUCCCACCCAUGUUCCCAGUGCACCCCCCAGUGAUACAGACAUCAUAUGAAGAUACCACACUGAAUCCAAAAGUGGCUGCUAAAAUUGAAAGGCAACAAAGAUGGACACGAAGGGAAGAGGCAGAUUUUUACAGAGUAGUUUCCACAUUUGGAGUUGUGUUUGAUCCUGGAAGGGGGCAAUUUGAUUGGACCAAGUUUCGAGCCAUGGCCAGACUGCACAAGAAAACAGAUGACAGCUUGGAAAAGUAUUUGUAUGCCUUCAUAGCCAUGUGCCGCAGAGUUUGCCGCCUGCCAGCAAAAGAAGAGUUUGCAGACCCUGCUCUUUCUAUCCAACCGAUCACAGAGGAGAGAGCUUCCAGGACGUUGUACCGCAUAGAGCUCCUUAGAAAAAUACGAGAACAAGCUCUCCGACAUCCUCAGUUAUUUGAGCGCUUAAAGCUCUGCCAUCCAAACCCAGACUUACCUGUGUGGUGGGAGUGUGGAAAUCACGACAGGGAUUUGCUAAUUGGGGCUGCCAAGCAUGGAGUGAGUCGGACAGAUUACCAUAUUCUGCGGGAUCCAGAGUUGUCCUUCAUGGUAGCACAGAAGAACUACAACUUAAACAAAGGGAAUUCAUCAACCCCACUCCUAGCACCAUUAAAUCAUUUGUCUGCUUCACCUCUUACUCCACAAUCACGGGUACCGGAUUACAAAGGGAACACCAUUGAUGAGGUAAAAGUUAAAAAUGAAGCUACAACUGAGGAAAACCCAUUCACAGAGGAAGAAUAUGCUGUAUUGGAGCAGCCAAAGGCAAAAAUAACACCUGAGUCCUUAUGUCCCAACAGCGAUCUAUUGUCACAGACUGGGGAGCAUAAACCAGCUAUUAAAUUAGAAACUGAUAGGCGUAUGGUAGCAGCAAGGACAGAGCCCCUCACCCCUAACUUAACUUCCAAAAAGCAAAGAAUCCGCAAACGAGACAGAGGAUCUGGUUCCAGCUCAGAUUCAGACUCCAACCAUUCAUCCUGCUCAUCCAGAUCUUCCUCUUCCUCCUCCUCCUCUUCUUCCUCUUGCUCCCGAACAGGAUCCAGCUCUUCCUCCUCAUCCUCUUCCUCAUGUUCAUCAUCUUCUUCGUCUUCCUCAUCUUCUUCCACCUCAUCAUCUUCAUCUGAAGAAAGUGAUAGCGAUGAUGGGGAUUCACAAAAAUGUGAAAAAGUACAUGACAAGGCAUACGAUGAGGAGAGUGUGGCCUCAAUAAGCACCUUACAGGAUGAAACUCAGGACAGCUUUCAGCUCGACAACGGAACUCCCAAUUCUGCCUAUCUUGCACAAGGCGGAUACACAUUUGUAGCUGUUCAUUGGCCGAAGGAUCGUGUGAUUAUUAACCGGCUGGACAGCAUAUGCCAAGCAGUAUUAAAAGGGAAGUGGCCAACAACUCGAAGAAAUUAUGAUGGUACCAGUGUGGCCUCUUUCUAUACCACCAAAUUACUAGAUAGCCCCAGAGCAGCCACAGACCUCAGUGAGACUGGUUUACAGGCUCCACCAUGCAUUGCUAUCAAAGAAGAACCCGAUCUAUCACCACAGAUGUCAAAGGUGAAGAAGCAUGUACCAGAAAAGGAGUUUACAGUGAAAAUCAAUGACGAAGGUGGCCUGAAGCUGACUUUCCAGAAACAGGGAGUUCCCCAGAAACGACCACUGGACAGUGACGAGGGAAUUUUAGGUCAACAGCAAUACCUGGCUCGGCUACAAGACCUUGAGAAUGCUUCUGAGACAAGUCUUGUAAACUUCCCAAGAUGCACUUCAGGUACUCCAAGCCAGCCACCAGCAGUCAGUGCAAAUGGACUGUUACCAGACACACCUGCUAUCAAGAAGAGGAGAGGGAGGAGGAAGAAUGUGGAAGGAGUGGACAUCCUUUUUAUGAACAGUAAUAAAUCACUUAAUCACGUCAACCCAGCACUGACUCCUGCUCUGCUUCAGCCUGCUCCUUGUCCCCAGUCACUCUCAUGUCUGCAGCUUCCAGGGGUCCAGAAUGAAGAUAGCCCUGUUCCUGUGAUAAACAUGAAGGAUGGUACACGAUUAGCUGGAGAUGAUGCUCCGAAGAGAAAGGAUCUGGAGAACUGGUUGAAGGAGCACCCUGGAUAUGUGGAAGAUCUGGGGGCUUUCAUACCUCGGAUGCAACUACAUGAUGGGCGGCCAAAGCAGAAAAGACACCGGUGCCGAAAUCCUAACAAACUGGAUGUAAACAGUUUGACAGGAGAGGAGCGAGUGCAGCUUAUUAAUAGGAGGAAUGCUAGGAAGGUUGGUGGUGCAUUUGCUCCUCCAAUGAAAGAUCUUUGUAGGUUCCUUAAAGAAAAUCCAGAGUAUGGUGUGGCUCCUGAAUGGGGAGAAGUCGUAAAGCAGUCUGGUUUUCUCCCUGAGAGCAUGUAUGACCGGAUACUAACAGGACCUGUGGUACGAGAGGAGGUGAGCAGACGAGGUAGGAGGCCUAAGAGUGAGAUCUUCAAGGCAACUACAGUACCUGGCACCUCUUCAACCAACUCUGUGAGCAUGAACUCUUUGAUCACUAAUGGUUUGAUACCAGGUAUGGACCUUUCGAGCUACCAAGCCCUGCAGCAGAAUCUUCAGGGGCUUCAGUCUCUACAAUUGACAGCUGGUUUGAUAGGUUUACCUUCUGGCAUCUCUGCAUCUGGCGGUGAAGCAAAAAACAUAGCUACCAUGUUUCCAAUGCUCCUCUCUGGCAUGGCCAGUUUACCCAAUCUGUUGGGUAUGGGAAACCUGCUGAGUAAAUCUUCAGAGUCGGUUGCUCUUGGAAAAGAGAGGAAUUGCACAAGUGACUGUAAGGAAAAUGAUGGGAGCAAAGAAAGGACGGUGUCUCCAAGCGGAGACAAAUCCAGCCAGAACUCUAACUCCCCAUCCACAUCUUCAGGAACUGCACUAACAGCAAGCUCCUUAACACUUAACCCUUUACUUUUACCCAACAUACUUUACCCAGGGAUGCUCCUCACUCCAGGCCUUAAUCUUCACAUCCCAACUGUACCCCAACCCAACCUUUAUGAUGUACAGAAUGCUAGUAGGGAGACUAGUCAAACCCAGCCCGCAGACUCUUCAGCAGAACUUCCUGCAGAAUCCAUUCCGGAGGAAAAAACUGGGACGGAGCUAAGCUCCCAUAAUGAAAACAGCACAGAUGAAGGCUCGGAAAAAGUGGAACUUUCAUCAGGAUCUAACAGUCCCUCAUCCUCUUCAUCUGAAGAUUCUGAAUCUUCGGAAGAAGACUAACCCAUGCAACCUCUGCACUUAAAUUAUAAUAGACCCUUUUUUGGGAUCCUCAGCCCCAAUACUUAUCUUUAAUCAUUUUAAUUGUAAAUAUCUGUGUUAAAGAGUGCAUCAUGGAUUUUACUGACCGAUGAACAUUUCAGUAUUUGAAAAUGCAAAGAGAGUUAAAACCUUUUGCAUGUAAUAAUCUCACCAAUAUUCUGAACUUGUACGUAAUGUCAAAACAAACCACACCAUGCUGUAAGAAAAAAAUUACAGCAAAAGGCAUUAUAAUUUUGUCUGAGGGAAAGGGUUGGGGUAAUUUUAUGAAAAAAAUACAAAGGAGAAAAAAAAGGCAAAAAGUGCUCUGUAAGAGCUGUAUAUAAAUAAUAUAUUUGCAGUGAAACACAGAAUUUUUAAGUAUAUUGUGGUGUCAUUUCUGCCUUUCAGUUCUUACAUUCUCAUUCUUGGGUAUUUUUUCCAGAACUCAGCAAUAAUUAGGGGCAGUUUACAAUUGUCGUGUAGGAUGUUUUAAGUAGCCCUACCCAUAUACCUAUCUGAAGGGACACUGCCACCAACAAUUUAUUUUAAAUAUAUAAUUGAUUAAGACUACAUUGUAUCCUACUAUUAGAUUGCUGCCACCAUUUUUUUUCCAAUGUAUCAGAUUCUAUAAGAUAUUUUUGGGAAAAGUGAGAGUCCAUCUGGAAGGGAGGAGGGGAAAGAAAAAAAAAAUAAAAAUAUAUAUAUAUAUAUAAACACGCAAAACAGUGCGACAAAAAGCGAUUUGCAUCAUUUAUAGGCUUCCAUGUACAAUUGUCCUUUACUUAUAUAUUUAAAAUAUUUUUGGUGGUAGGAUCUAUUUAUGGUUUAUUAAACAUGUAUUACAGUGACCUAUAAGGCACUAAAAAGGUUAUAAUACAACAAAUAUGCUCAUUGCUAGGAAACAAAAACCUACAUAUAAAAAAGCUGUAAAAACAUAUGGGUUUUUUUGCAGGGAAAAAUAUCAAACACUAUAUUAAGCUAUUCCAUUGCUCAUCAUCUGAUUGGACAACGCCUAUAUAUAUAUAUAUAUAUAUAUAUAUAUAUAAUUCAGUAGUAGUUUGAAAAUAACUUUUUAAGUGGAAGAAAGAAAGGUAGUACACUGAAUGCCUCAAAUGCUAUCAAAUAUGACUAGUUAGGUGGCUUAGGUCAUUUAAACUUUAAAUGGGUCUGCCAUGCUGAAAUAUCAGCAAAUGACAUGCUUGUGGGCUGGUAAGAUGGCAUUCACCAGCUUUAGUUUUGAAAUCUACAUUUAAACUGAUGAGUGUGAGGAUUCUUACAAAUAUAGGAGCUCCCUGUAUGCACACUCCAUUUAACUAGUCUCUAUUUUUCAUUCUUGGUUUAAGUCCGCAAAAAGGUAAUUGGUAUAUUUUACUCAGGAUCUUCUUCCUUUCAUUCAAGCAUCUUUCUGCUCUUUACCAGUUUAGCCUGAAUCACCUCUACAAACAGGCUCUUCCAUGAGUCCACACAUUUUUGUUUCCCAAUAUAUUAAUUUAGCUUCUUGAUAUGAACAUGAAUUUAGGAAGUAGCAUUUUUUUAUAUUGUUUUUAUUUAUUAUUAAAUCUUUACAACAUCCUCACAAAUAUGUUGCAGUGAGAUUAGGUUAGCAUAAUAUAGUUCAGAUCCAAAUAUUUAAAUGAAAAAGUUUGACUACAAUAAAUUAAGGGGUCAUUAAAUUCAACAUAUUUCUAUCAUGCACAUGAAAGAGUUCUACUUGAAGAGUAAAUUAUUUUAUUAUUGCAUGAAAAGCGUUACCUUAUUGCUGUUUUUGAUUUUCAAAAUAACAGGAAGUGCUCAACUGGUCCGUGAAAAAGCUUAAGAACAUAUAAUGUAUUUUCUAAGCCUAGAAGCAUCAGGGUUUUUGUUUGUUUUUUUAAUUGUACUAUAUAUUAGAAAUUCCUAUUUUAGGUGCAUCAAAGAAAGAUAUGACUUUAAUGCCCCUUUAAUUCAUAAAAUAAUGCUUAUCUACCAAUUUUCUGGUUCACAGUCUCAUAGCAGAGAGUUAUUUAUAUCUAGUGUGCUUAUAUAGUGAAGAAACAGUGUGGAUACUGGAAGUUGCCCUUGCAAUCAGGAUUAUAUCAACAGUAGCCUUAAUAUUUUAUAACAUUUCCAUCAGAAAUAUUUCUCCAUGCUCAUUCCACGUUUCCAGCCCCUUCCUUCUGUGCUAAUUUUCAUCUUUGUAAAAAAAAAAAAAAAAAGUUAUCACAAUUGUUCUUGCUAUAAUGAGAUCUUAGGUUUCGGUUGUAGAUAACACACUAUAUGCUGUUCCUUUAUGUUAUAAAGACACACAUAGUUCUGAACAUUUUUGUAGAUUCCAUCUUGAAGAUGAAGUAUUGUUGAAUAUUAAAUGUAAUGGUAUAAAACUCCAUGAGGGUUAAACUACAUUCUACAGGAUUAUUAUAGUGUAAAAAUUAAACGUUCCAUUUAGAGCAUUUGAGUUUUAAACAAAUUACAUUUUUUACUGUUUGUUUAAGUCUUGCUAAUGGGGUAAACACAUAGUUGAAAGGCAUGUAAAUGCAAUAGAUUGCUGCAUCCAAUAAGAAUGUGGGUACUAAGCCAAUCGGAGCAGCAGACAUUUGUACACUUUAAUCACUAUACUCAUUUUUGGGAUUAUGCCUUGACUAAGCAAUAGAGGGGAAUUGGUUUAACAAUAAAAUGCUCUUAUAAAGUAAAGCAGUUUUACCCUAUAAUGUCAAAUUAGUACUAAAAACAUUGUUGAUUAUUAUUUUGUGAAGGGAGCCUCAUACCUGAAAAAAAAAACUUUUAUUGCAAGAUCACAAUGUUGGCAUUAAAACCAGUGAGUUGAUCUUUAAGUCACUGUGGGGGCUUUCUGGCCUUUUAUCCCAAGAUGAGAUGCUGCAAUAAAGUUAAUGGUUAACUGAAUCUCAGAAAUAGUGAGCUGUGAAAGAUAAAGCCUCAAAAAAAACUACAUAGUGCCUUGUAAGUUUCUGAAGGUGCGAUUGAAGAGAACACAUGGAAGACGUGUUGCAUUAAAUAGUUGUAAUGGUUUUUAAAAUAGCUUAAAAACCCUCUGCUUAAUAUUUUCAAGUUUUCACAAAUUAGGGAGCUUCUUCACUUUGUAUGUGCUUUAGCUUACCCCCUGCAUGGCCAGGUAAAUACUAAACUUCCUAGGCAACUGUCUAGGGGUUCCUUUUCCAGGUGCUCUAGGGAUAACAUUUUGCAGUCCACCCCGAUUGGUGUACUUCACACUAGGCUAUCAAAUCUAACCAUUCCACAAAUGUACUCGUGUAUGGGCUAGGGGUUGACUAAGGUCGGAGCCAGAAUUAAAAAUUUAAGAGCCAAGGGUUUUGUAAAGCCCUGUUUUAAACAGAUGCAUGCUGGCUAGCAGUAGUAGGAGAAAACGCUAGUGGUAACCACCAAGCACAAGUAGGUAGAAGAACUAGGGAGUACCCAAUCAACUUGUGCCUCUAGGCUUAAAUGUAGCCAGCCAUGGUUCUAUAUUUAUUGUACGUAUCUCCAGUUUGAUUACAGUAAUGUAUUAACUGAAUAAAUCAUGAAACACAAUAAAGUGCUUCUCAUAGAACUUAAAGGAAUAGUUCAACAGUAUUUUAACUGCAAUGUGUUUGUAGCAUUGUACUAUAUAGGGCAACAUUUAUCAUGUUUGUGUGGCAAAAUGUAUGAUUGUACAAGAGCUUUUCUUAUGCCACCCCCAAUUGCACGAGAGCAGGGCAUGUCAAUCACCCAGAACUAGUGAUUGUUGGGGUGAUGAAUCUUGUCGCCUUUGAGAUGGCUGCAGGCUCGCUCAUGCUGCAAAUGUACUGCAGAUUAAAAUAUUGUUUUUCUGUCCCUUUAACUGAUGUAAUCUCAGGGGAUUAUUGCUAGUAAAAAAUUGGUUAAUAGUUAAAAAGCAUAAAGCACAGGAACUUCACAUGAAGUUUCACUGCAAUUUACAGCAUAUAAGGACACUAAAAAAGUAUUAUAACAGAAAGUAAGAGGGGUAGAACCGUAAAUUUAUAUUGUAUAAGUUGGGGUUUUGUCGUGCCACAUAGAGGACUUUCCUAGACAGAUAAAAAGCACAAAAUCCAUUCAAACGCAGGUCUAGACUUUCCCUCAGCCUAGGCACUACUUAGUGUCAAAAAAUUCUUCAGAACAUUUUAAUAACCUUUAAUUUAGCAAACACUUUUAAUUAAGCAGCAAUGCACCUUUUCAGAAUCAAGUCUUUGGAGUUCUUUGGUGUUUUCAAGUUCUGUAUCAUAAUGUUUUGCAGAAGACCGGUUAUUUCUUCCAAAUGUGUUUGAAUAACCAAGAAAAGUUGAUUCAUGAGUUCUUAAAUAUAGUCCCCCAUGAGUAUCUUCAGGGUUUUUUUCACUACUAGUAACAAAUAUUUAAUGAUCUAUUCAGAUGAACUCAGGAGCACCUUCCUGAUUCAUAUAUAUGAUUAUUAUUGCUAUAAUAUAUGCAGUUAAAUGCCGUAUGGUAUGUUUUUCAGUCUGAAACUAUCUGGGCCUUAAUUUGUUCUCAGCUAAAUAAUUUGUGUCUAGUUUUGUUAUUUAUUGUAACUACACAUUAUUAUAUGAAUGUUUUAGUAUAAGUCAGUUUAUGUGGGAUUUUAAAUUACAGCAGUACACACAGUAUAUUUCGUUACUUCUCAUAGUUGUAAUGAGAAGACUGAGCCCAGUGCCAUAUUUGUUUUUUUAUUAUUUGACCUCAAAGAGGAUUGGUUUGUGAAUAAAUAUUUAUUUUUUUCCCCCACAAUGGGCACUUACCUUUAAAGCUUUACAAGUAUUAGGACUAUUGACAAAACUGAGUUUUAUUCAGGAUAAUACCUCUAAAAUCUGAAGAUUAUAUCUCAACAUUUGAUGACUUCUGUGAUGUGUAUACCUAAAGCCUGAGGUACACAUUCUCUGGUAAGUGUCUUUGCAGUUUGCCUGUCAGAGAAGGCACAAGCUUUUUGGGAUAACAUUGAUGAACUUUCUUUAAAGGGAAGCACUUUGGACUCAAUAAGGACAGCUCAUUUGGGGGGGGGGGGGGAAUUUCCUUACGUUCAAAUAGUGAAAUUCAUUCAGGUUUAGAGGAAAUUAUAGAAAUUAAUUACUUCUAUGCAUUUGUCAUUUCCGGUGUUUAAAAGACAAAACAAAAUAAAAGUUGUCCAUGAAUUAUCUUUAUGUAUGUUGAUGGGUAUUACAAGAACAUUUAGAUGUUUAAAAGCCUCCUAUUUAUACCCCAUGUCCCCAAGCUUUACAAUUUGUGUGGUCUGUUUUCUUAACUUUUUCAGAGACCUGCAAUAUUCUGGAUGUUUUCUGUGUGGUCUAAAUUGGCUUGUAGUCAAACAUGCGUCUUCAAAGAAAAAGUCCUUUGUAAUUUAUUGAAUUACUUUCUAUAAUGUUCUAUAGAGCAAAUGAAAGUUGAAUUAUUUUUUUAUUAAACAUAUUCUUUGACUACC